AUGCACCCCAGCCUGUCAUAUUUGCUGUCAAUUCAAGAAAAAGGAACCGAAUCCGAGUACAACAUAGCUGCGAAACUGGCCCCCAAUGAUCCAGCUCCCUUUUCCAACCUCUCGGCCGUCAAGUACGAAAAGGGCGAGUAUGCGGAUGCCGCCAAAUUUGCGGCCAAGGCGUUAUCUCUGUAUCCUGAUUCCGAGGCCGAAGCGGCAAAGAGAGAGAAGGUCCAUGUGCGGCUUGCAAAAUCCUACUUGCACGACCUCAAGCUGGACGACGCUUCAGCGGCUGCCGAGAAAGUCGCGACAGACCAUGUGCGAGCUUCCUUGCUAGCCGACAUUGGCCAGCUGCGAGACGUGGUGGCAGACUCAAUUUCGGCUGCUUCCGACAAGACAUCGAUGAGGAAGCAUAUCUUGGACCGCCUCCCACAAUUCAGACCCGGCCUGUCAAGAAACCUGGGAUACUACGCCGUUGGUCACGAUGAAGCGGAGCAGAUCUGGGACCACACCAUCUUCGACUUGACGAGCAACCCGCCAGUACCCAAGAACAAGAAGCUGUCUGUCCUCUACUGCGGCUUUGGUGAUGCACGCAAUUUCUUCGCCAGCAUCAUUCGCUCCUACUUAUUGACUCACAUCGGACACUUCCCAGAGGUCCACUACACGCUGCUCGACAUCAAGGCAGCCUCCUUGGCCCGGUUUAUGGUGAUUCUCUAG